CUCACACCAUGGCGAAGGACUCCUCAUCUGGCCUGAUUCUCUACAUGAUGGGUGUGCUGGUGGCUGUGUUCUCCAUGUCCAUGUCCACCUCAGUGGUGGUGCGUGAGGGUCAGUCGGUCCAGUUGAACUGCUCACACAGUUCUGUAGAAGAGACAGGAUUCACAACGAUCACUUGGCUGAGACAAACCAACCAGUCAGCUCCAGUCUCCAUCCUUAGUAUUCACUGUCGGACUGUUACUGUCAACCGUCAGAGAAAUGAGACAUACCGUCUUCAGCACCUCAAUGGAUUUAAUAGCAAACACAUGAACGGAACUAUGAACAACACGACCUCUACGUUAGAGAUUAGAGAUGUGAAUGUGUCUGACUCUGGGCUUUACUACUGUCGCACACAGCCAAAGGAACACAUGAUCUAUCACAAUGCAACCUACUUAACCAUCACAGCUUCUGUAGAUGAGGUUGAGCCCGAGCCCUCAGAGACAGUAGAGGAUGGGCAGUUCUGCAGUGGGGUGUGUGUAGCUGUGGUUCUGGUUCUUGGGGUUCUCAGUGCUGUUCUCAAUCUGGUGCUUUUCAUCGUCAUCCUGACCAAACGCAGAGCUGCACUCAGACAGAACACAGACCCUGGUAAUCUAACAGCGUCUCCACCUGAGCAGGUUCAGGAUUCAAAGUCUCUGACCUAUUCAGCUCUGAGUUUCAAUGCCAAGAAGAAGAAGAGAAGGAGCAACUUCCAGACCGACAACCCACCCGUCAUAUAUGCUGCCACUAGAUAAACGGCCCAUGUACACAAAUGGCCACAAAUUAACAGCAGUGUAACAUCAACAGAACAAAGAUUCCACAAACUCACAUGCACACCUGUUUGUGUAAAACACACAUUUGUAGAUUGUUGCUUGAAUGUUAAAUAAAU